CUCAUAUACAAUUAACGACAAUAAAGAAUCUCACAAUCAUAAUCAACAUUUUUAACAAUUGUGUUUUGUUAUUUUUCCCCCACUUCUAACCAAAUGGAACAAGAAAUUGAAAAUAUGAUACUCAACAUGGGUUCACUUGGAACCAAUUUCUCGCAAAAGAGAGGAUUAUCAAGGCAUUACUCAGGGAAGGCAAGAUCAUUUGUUUGUAUGGAAGAUGUUCAUUUCGUGGAAGAUUUGAAGAAACCAAAACAUCCUGAUGCGAAAAAGAGAAAGAAACAAACUUAUAAGAAGGAAUUUAUCAAUGUUAAUCCACAUCCUUGUCGAAGAGCACCUAGUUGCACUCAAUUAACUACCCCUUAUGUCAAUGCUUAGAAUUUCCUCAAUGUGGUUGUUCUAAAAAAUCUAUAUAUGUUUGAAUUAAUAGCAAAAUCAUAGUAGAAGUGUAUUUUUUUUUUGUCAAAAUCAUGGUACUCAUUGUGAUAUUGACAACCACAUUGAUAGUUCAAAUAUGCAUUAAGAAUCAUUCAUUCAAGUGAUUAACUCGUCACCAUGCUUUCUUAUCAAUGUUGUAUAUAUGUAAGCAAAUUAUUAUUUAUUA